UCCAAAGUCAUUUGAUAGUCGUCUGAGGAACCGAAAGAUGCCGAAAAAGAAAGGAAAUAAGGGCAAAGGAAAAGGAAAAGGUAAGAAAGAAGGCAAGCAGGAGUCUAAAGCCGACAGGGAGUCAGAAAUCGAAAAGUUCAAAUCAAACGCAACUUUAUGGGAGGCGAAGUUUGAUAUCACAGAAUUUUCGCGUGUCGAAUAUCGCGAAGCAACUCGCGCGCUCGCCAAAGCCAACGAGGAGCUCGAGAACCAGCAGUACAGUGCCAAAAAAGACACGGAUGAUAUUAUUGCUUUCCUGAAAAGGACAGAUCGUGAAAAAACAGCAAUGAUUGCUGCAUUAGAAGAGCAACUGAAAAAAGAAAAAGCAACAACUUCACAAGAGAAAGACUUUUUGGUGGCUGAAUACAUGCAGAAGAUUGAUGCGUUAGAAGAGAGGUUUAAGCAGAGGUCUAGCGACUUCCAGAGGAUGCAGGGCGAGCUCAAAACCAUUAAGCAUUUUCGCAAAAUAAAGGCCAAUCUGGAAGAAGACCUGAUCAGUAUGAGAGAAAAAAUGUAUAUAGCUGACCGUGCACACCAAGAGAGUCUGGCGAGAACAGAGUACAAGUUCUACACAGCAAGGAUUCACCUUGAGAAGGAAGCAGAGCAGAAGAUCACUGAGCUUGCAGAGCGAGCGCAUCAUGAAGCUAUUGUGCAGCUCGGAACAGCAUCACAUACUGUGUUGAAGGAGAACGUACGAUUGAAUGAGGCGCUGCAUUAUCAUGUGAAAGAGGCGGAGGAACUGAAAAGGAGAAAUGUAGCCUUGACAGAGAAGAAUGCUUCCCUUGCUCUCUUGAAGGAGACGAAUGAACUGAUGAGAAAGGAAGGAAAUUCCCAGUUAAAGUCCCAACAAAAUGAGAGCUCUGAGCUAAGGGCUAAAUUGGUCACACUUGAGCAAGCUCUGAGCAUCAUGUCUGGGGAGUUUGAGCAGGAGAGAGAAGAGGUGGAACGGCGUGCCAUGGUCAGCGCGCAGGCCAACGGCACAGACCUUGAGAGGUUGGAAAUGCUUCUAGCUGUUCGAGAGAAGGAGCUGGGCCAAGUGAAACAGCUGGCGCAAAGCAUCAUGGAGCAGCGUAAAGAACUCGAGCUCUUCUUUCACAAAGCUCUUGACCAUGUGAGGAAGGAAAUAAGAACACAACAACAGCACUACAGACAGGAGGCUCUGAAGGCCUAUCGCUGGAGAAUGAAUGAGGCACGGGCUGGAAGAUUGGUGUACCCUCGUAUACGGACCUUCUCUAAUGCCCCACACAGCACCAAUGAUGUCCAGUUUGACCAGGAAGAGGCUGACAAAUGGAGCAACUUGAAAAGCUCCGGUGUGGAUAUUUCUGAUCUAACAUGGGAGCAGAAAGAGAGACUGCUCAAUCUGCUUUUUGCUAAAUUGAAUGGACGAAAAAUAAGGAAACCAGCCCAUCCUCCUGCUCUAUCAACAUCUUCCUCAGUGAAGAUCCAGGUUUGCAGUGAUGCAGGGUUUACAGACGAGAAACAUAGCCUGACCUUUAUAACCCAGAUGCCAAUGGCAAAUAUAACCUCUGAACCAUGUGUCCUACCAGCCCUCAAGAGCACAUGACUGUAUAACUUUUCAUACAGAAUUAUUAAAAUAUUUCCUUUAAAAAAAUACAGGAUAAAUGU